AUGGAGGUGACCGGCUCGCUCCAAACAGAGCAACACACCAAGAGCGAGCUGGCCAUGAAACUCGGCCAGCUACGGGAGAAGCUGGCAGACCUGAAGGAGCUGCGAGAUGGGGAAAACCUGACCCAGAACACGGAGCUGGUGGAGACCAGGCCUGGGGGGGAUGGAACCUUCCAGAAGUGGGCAGCUGUGGUGGUGCCUUCUGGAGAGGAGCAGAGAUACACGUGCCACGUGCAGCAUGAGGGGUUGGUGGACCCCCAAGUUGUGAGAUGGGUGCCCCCUCCUCAGGCCUCUGUCCCCACCGGGAAAAUCAUUACUGGCCUGGUUCUCCUUGGAACUGUGCUCACCGGAGCUGCGGUCGCUGCUGCUGUGAUGUGGAGGAAGAAGUGCUCAGGUGGACAAGGAGGAAGCUAUACUCAAGAUCCAGGCAGGCAUAGUCUGCAGGACUCUGAAGUGUAUGUCAGCCCCUAA